AUGAAGCGGGAAGCGUCCGAAGCGAGUGCAGUUGAAGCCAGCGGCAAUCGAGCAGUGCAGGCGUAUCCAACUUUAUCUAGCAGCCCUCGACUUUUUCCGCCAUCGCUGUCCAAUCACAUCGUCGGGCCGCCUCCACAGCGCGACUUUGGCAGCGCGCACCCCACAUGGACAGCGUCGGAUGCACACGCCUGCUUUGCAGCUCAGAUGCAUGGUGCUUGGCGUCGCUCCGACUCAACCGACUCACCCUCCCUUCCUCCCUCCCACACCUCGCCGCAGCUUGCCAUUGGCCCGUCGGUGCUCGCAAUCCUUCCGAGCUCACCCACGCCGUCCACGCCGUCCACGCUUGUUUUCGUGCUUGGUCACCCUACCUCGACCCAAGAACCGACGAGCCUCUUUCGCCUCUCACCACCAUCGUCGCAACGCGGCAUCUGA